UUCCGCGUCUAGUCGAGUCUGGUGUCAGUAGCUUCUGCAUCCACAUCCAUCACAUCCAACCAUUACACGCAGCUUCAGAUUUUUCACUUCCUGUAACUCCUUCUCUUUCGAACCUCCAACUCACCAAUAAUUCAAAAAUGGCAGGAAAGAAGAUCAUCACCGUUUUUGGUGCCACGGGCGCCCAGGGCGGUGGCGUCGUCAACACCUUCCUCAACGACCCGGCCUUGAAGUCGGAGUGGACGGUCCGGGCCGUAACCCGCGAUGCGUCAAAGGACAGCGCCAAAAAGCUCCAGCAGUUGGGCGCCGAAGUCGUCGUGGCCAAUGUGGACGACAAGGCAUCGAUCGCCAAGGUCUUUGAGGGUGCCGCCGCGGCCUUUGCGGUGACCAACUACUGGGAGAAGAUGAACAUGGAAGCCGAGAUCCAACAGGGAAAGAACAUCGUUGACGCAGCAAAGGAGACUGGGCUGCCGCAUCUCAUUUGGAGCUCGCUGUUCAAUGUCAAAGAACUGACCAAGGGCAAGCUGUCACAUGUCUACCACUUUGACGGCAAGGCCGAGGUCGAAAAAUACGCCCGUGAAGUCGGAAUCCCGGCCACGUUCUUCCUCCCGGGCUUUUACACGACCAACAUCCCGGGUCAGAUGCUCCGGUACAACCCAGACACCGGCGCAUGGGUUCUCGCCAUGGCCAUGCCGGACACCGCUCCGAUCCCGCUGUUCGACACCGCCAACACGGGUAUCUGGGUCAAGGCUAUCGUCCGCAAACGUGACCAGCUGCUUGGAAAGCGCGUCUUCGGUGCCACCAAGUACACCACCCCGAUCGAGAUUCUUGAAGCGUUCAAGCAGACUUUCCCGAAGGCCGGGGAGAAGGCCACCUUCUUCCGCCUUCCCGACGAAGUCUUCACUGCAGGGGUCAAGGAGGCCAUGGGUGUACCUGAUUGGGUGGCUGAAGAGAUGCUGGAGAACAUGCGCUUGAUCUACGAUGGUGGCUACUAUGGGUUCGAGCCGUUGGAUGAAAGCCUGGCCAUCCUCGAGGACAAGCCGACUACCUGUUUGGAGUUCAUUCGGAACUCGCCUGCCUUCAAGGACUUGGAAUAGCCUCUGAGUGCAGACUUCGGAAUUUAUCUUACAUCUGCAUGUUGUAAAUGGAUAUGAGACUCGUAAGUCGAUGCACUUAUUACUACUAUUUAGACAGGGGAAGCCCGUACCAAUGCAUAC